AUGGAAAACACCAACAAGCCCCCUCCUGUACAAGUCCGUCGGCCCCUAUAUAUUCGGAGGAGCAAACCGGAAAUUAAAAGUCACAUACCUCCACUUUCCGGAGAAUUAUCUUCAGAGAAAGAAGUGGAAGAGGACGAGAACGAUGACGACGACCAAUUCUGUCCGCAGACGCUUCCUGAGGCGCAGACAGUUACGAAAACCGCGGAAGCCUUUGACCUUGAAGCAGGUUUCGAGAGGCACCUAGAAAGCUUCGGAGUCAAAGAACAGCAACCUCCUGAAACCCAGCAUUUUAUCUCCCCUCAAUACUUGUCACGUGAAUUUAUCCUUAAAUAUGCAGAGAGCCCACCAGAAGUCUCCUUUUGGUCAAGAUUCGCCUUAUUCCGAAAACUCAGAAUCUGCAAAGGUAUCAUCAUGACACCAAUUUUGCAGAAAAUUGUGCCACUGUUGUGGCCCAAGCCUCCGAAGGGCUACAAACGAAUUACAUGGCUGAGUGCACUAGGAAGACCUCUUUAUAUUGACGUCAAAGAAAUAGUGGACGGUGCAGCACAGAGGUUACAGGAACGAUUCGAAUCUUAUGUGGUAAACGGGCCCAGUUCAAGGUCGCCAUCAUCUUCUGGAACCUCGGUCUCUCUCGAUCAUAUUACAAACCCAGCGGCUGUACAUAUCAGGGAAGGUGCCAGCACAUCUUCCCUUGUAGAUGGCACGAGAAAUUCUUCUCCGAGGACAGAUAUUUCUGACCAUGGUACAACUCUGCCUUCGAACGAACGGCGGUAUCUGUUACUGUGCUUCUCUACCCACAAGUCAGAGACUUUCAGGCAAAUCGACGUCACCGAUCUGCCCAACGACCAGUACUUGUUUCGUUACAUACAUGACGCAUAUUGCGAGAUCAGAAACGAAGAAUGUUGGUAUUCGAAGGUGGCACUUUUGAACUCAUUACGUCUACCUACCUGGAUGAUAUCGGUCUUAGGAGGCCUUCAUUUCUAUACCCCCAAAAAUGCGAACUUUGUAUCAUUUAGCCUGCUACCCCUCUGGACAACCCCAAGUCCUGUCAAUAUAAAAAGCCCUUCUCUUCCUCCUGAAGUAGAGAUCACAGUACAUCGAAACUGGCAUUAUCACCCAUGUCCUAGAGAGGUUGAAGAUUUUCAGAUUAACCAGACGUUUUUACUUCACCUUUUUGAACCGGGCCACGCCUUUUUAGAUGACGCAUGGUUGGAGCUAUUUCCGAAGAAACUUCGAAGCAAGCUGGUAUACGAGUCGGGAAAGAUAACCGUUGCCUGGGGUAUUCAAAUCGUGGAAGGUCUGAAUGCGAUUGCCAUUGCGUGGAUGCUUUGCUUGAUAUUCAUUAUAAGCGUGAUUUUGGCAGUCAUCUACGCUGCUUGCACAAAGGACGUUGGAGGGGCUUUUACACUAGCUGCGUGGCUUGUGGCAACAUCAACUCUUUGGACAGUCUACUUUCAGUUGCGAUGA